GCUUCAUUCUCCCGCAUAUGUGAAUAGUCCAACAGAGAAGAGACUGUUAGGGUGGUAAAGCGGCAGAAAAUAUCGGGGUUUAGUGCCGCUGCGAAAUGGCUGGACAGCAGUUUCAGUACGACAACAGUGGCAACACGUUUUUCUAUUUCCUCACGUCAUUUGUGGGACUAAUAGUCAUCCCAGCCACCUAUUACCUCUGGCCCCGGGAUCAGAAUGCGGAGCAAUUACGGUUGAAGAGUUUACGAAGAGUUCAUGGAAGAUGUCUGUGGUAUCGCCUUCGGCUUAUGAAAUCACAGCAGAGCAUUGUUCCAACACUUAAAAAAGCAGCCCUGUUGUUUGGGUGGGCAGUAUUUCUUUUACUGGCCUAUAAGGUGUCUAAAUUAGAUCGUGAGUACCAGGAAUAUAACCCCUAUGAGGUCCUCAACCUGGACGCAGGAGCAUCUGUUGCUGAGAUUAAGAAGCAAUACAGAGUGCUGUCUUUAAAACACCAUCCUGAUAAAGGUGGAGAUGAGGCCAUGUUCAUGAAGCUUGCUAAAGCUUACUCAGCUUUGACUAAUGAGGAAUCCCGGAAAAAUUGGGAGACUUAUGGCAACCCUGAUGGCCCAAGAGUGACAAGUUUUGGAAUUGCUCUUCCUGCAUGGAUCGUUGACCAAAAAAACUCAAUGCUGGUGCUGCUGGUCUAUGGAUUGGCUUUUAUGGUCAUUCUUCCUGUGGUUGUGGGCACAUGGUGGUAUCGUUCCAUCCGUUACAGUGGUGAUCAGAUCCUGAUCAACACAACACAGCUUUUCAUGCACUUUAUGUACAAAACACCUACAAUGAACAUGAAACGGUUGGUGAUGGUGUUAACAGCAGCAUUUGAGUUUGAUCCUCGUAGUAACAAAGAGGCCAUUAUAAGACCAACAGACAACAUUGAAGUUCCCCAGUUGAUUCGGGAGCUGGGGAACAUUAAUGUUAAGAAGAAGGAGCCUCCGUUCUGCUACCCCUACAGCCUGAAGGCUCGAGUCUUAUUACUUGCACACCUUGCCAGGAUGGAGGUUUCUGAGAACGUAGAUGAAGAUCAAAGGUUUGUGGAGAAGAAGUGUCCUGCCUUACUUCAGGAAAUGAUCAAUGUUGGCUGUCAACUCACCAUGAUGGCAACCAGUAGAGGAGGCCUUCGAGCUCCCAGGCUGACUUCCAUAGAGAACUGCAUGAAGCUGUCUCAGAUGGUGGUUCAGGGACUGCAGGAGGCCAAGUCUCCUCUACUGCAGCUGCCCCAUUUUGAAGAGGAGCACCUCAGAUACUGCAUCUCUAAGAAGUAUAAGGUGCGGACACUGCAGGAUCUGGUCAGUCUGAAGGAAUCUGACAGGAGAAACAUGCUGAGAUUCCUUGGGGAGGAGAAGUAUGAUGAGGUCAUGGCAGUCUUAGGGAGCUUCCCUUACAUCAACAUGGAAACCAAACUUCAAGUGCUGGAUGAUGAAGAUAGCAAUAACAUCACUGCUGGAUCCAUCGUCACCGUUACGGUUACCUUGACAAGGAAGAGAAUGUCUGAGAUGUUUGAGAAAGAGGAACCACCGCAGCCAACAGAGGAAACUAAUACAGAGGAGCAAGGUGAUGCCAAAAACAAAACAAAAGUCUGGCAAAACAAGAAUAAAGGAGCAAAAAAAGCCAGCAAGUCCAAAAAGAAGAAACUGACUAAAAAGAAACCAGUCACCCAACAGCAAACAAAGGGAGACAAGGCUAAACAGGCCAAUGGAAAUGUGGCUGGAAAUGAAGUCGCUGCUCUUUCAAAAGAGGAAGAGGACGAGCUCUCUGAUAAAGGCAGCGAAUCAGAUGAAGCAGAGGGAAACAAGGACUCGCCCAGUGAGAGAGACGACGAGAGUGACAAGCAAAGUGACACGGAGGUGGACGAGAUUGCUGGAGAUGAUGAGGAGGAAUGGGAGGCCUUGCAACAAAGUAUUCAGCGCCGUGAGAGGGCACUUUUGGAGACCAAGUCAAAGGUCACGCACCCUGUGUACAGCCUGUACUUCCCUGAAGAGAAGCAGGAGUGGUGGUGGCUCUAUAUCGCAGAUAGGAAGGAACAGACACUGGUGUCUAUGCCUAAUCAUGUGUGCACACUCAGAGACACAGAAGAGGUUGAACUGAAAUUCCCCGCUCCAUCCAAAACCGGAAACUAUCAGUAUUCUGUGAUUCUCAGAUCAGAUUCAUACAUGGGAUUAGAUCAGGUCAAGCCAUUGAAGCUGGAGGUUCAUGAGGCGAAAGCCAUGUUGGAUAACCAUCCACAGUGGGACAUCCCAGAAACUGAGGAAGACGAGGAUGACCAGGAGGACAGUGAUGGUAUUGAGGAGUCUGAGGAAGACGAUGAAGACAACGACUAAACCAACCAAUCAAUUCAUACAAACUUAAACACAGCUCACACGCCCGUGUGCCCACUCAUGUUCACACUCACACACACACACACAAACAGACCUACAUACCCACAUAGCCUCAGACAUCUGCUGUCUUCAGGGCCACAACAAGGACAUUGACGCCCCAUUUUCCUGUUUCAAACUCUCAUGAAUCACAAAUUUGUCCAAACCUCUUAUUUCGGCAAUCAUAAGACUUGAAGAACUGUUGGUUAUCUUUCCCUGCAUUCAUCCAGCCAUUAUCAGAUAUUGAAUGGUUGUUGGUGGGGUCCAGCUGUGUGUCAGAUUUCUCUCCACUUAAUGAAAGGUGUCUGACCAACCAAUGCAUCAGAAAAAUAAAAACUAGACUACUGCUAAAAAAAAAUUACACACUUCAUGACUGUCAUUUCCCAAAGUUGCAGUGUAUUCUUCAAGGGUAUUUUCAAACUUCAUCAUUUUGUAGUUUUAUGUAGUUUAUUAGAAUGCAGAUUUACCAGCUGUUCCCACUUUGACGUGGCCAUGUGAAGCAUAAUCUAGAGCAAGCAUGAACCACAGGGACACAUGUGUGCGUACUGAGGUUGAGCAGGAAUUCGGGGGAACCACUGUGGGUUGUAUUUCAGUUUGACUCCAUGGUCAUGAAGCCUGGAAGUAAAGUGCUGUACAUUUAUAAAUCUGUUUUGCCUUCUUCAAACUUUUCGUCAACAAUGGAGGUUGUUUCAGCCUCACAAAGAAAUAAUGACUGCAGACGUUCCACGGCCAGGUCUACAGUUUAGUCCUGAUUUAAUGCCAAAUGUUGCUAGAACUGCUAUUCUGCUCUUCCACACAUAAGCAGGUUGAUAUCAGGAGGCUUUCUUGGCACUCUGUUAUCGCAAGGCCUAAUUUCCGUUGUACUUUUUUUUUUUUUUUUUUUUUCAGAUUUGGAACCGCCUUUAAGACAAUUGACAUUUGUUAUUGAUAUUUGUUGACUUUUUAAACUGGAAACAGGAAAUCCCCCACGGUUGCUGACUGCAACUGUUACAAAGACACAGUGUCUCUAGUAGAGACCUAUUGCUAUUGAUUAGACUAAUUCAUUAUUCAUUGGCCAUAGAACGAAAAACAUUUUUUUUUUUUUUAAUAACUUUAGAACAAAUGUUUCCAUUUUAUUUCCAUGGAUCACUGGAUCUAAAUGCCUCAGUCAUAGCUCAUAGUUUAUUUGUAUUUAUUUUUUUAUUUUUUUGGUCUUACAUUCCACUCAACAAAUAUGAACGCCUUAUUCACUGUACAGAUUUUUUUACUGGCCACAAAUAAGGUUCCAUCAUCUAUUGCAGAUGGUUUGUGAUACAGAAGCACCAAUAAGAUUGCAGGGAAUAAUUAAGGGUCCGUUUUUAUUUCUGUAAAUUUUUCUUAAUUUUCUUUUUGUGGGGGGAAGUGUGGCAACAAGGCUAAAAAAGAAGUAUAAAAUGUGGCUUUUUUUGUGGAUGUAUUUGAAUCCCCAUUAAAAUAUAUUUUCACUAGUGUAAGGUGUGACAGCGUAUUGAAUGCGCUGAUGUAGUGAUUGUGGAAAAGACUGUCUGCUCUGUGCUUUUGUCAAACAUUGAGAGAGGUUAAGCCAACUGAGAUACAAAUAUUUCAAAUGUAAUCUCUCCAUUCAUUGUUGAUUUGCCUUUUUAUUUCUGUCAUAAAUUUAUCACAAGAAUUGAGAUUUUCUCGUUUGUUCCCAAUAGCUAAUGUAUGUGUUUUAGAAUUCUUUUUUGGACAACUGCAGAUAUUUAGUAGGAAAUUCUUUUAAUUAUUUUCCACCUCUUUGUUCAUUUGCAUAGUGCAAUCUUUAUUACAGAGGAAAAUUUUAUUCUGACUGCAUGUAACACAUUCAAAACCAGUUUUAUAAAAUGGUAAAGGUUUUACAGAUAAACAGACAUUUUAGUAUUAUUGCUCCAACAAAGAAUGUAGCCUCAGAAUUCAUGUUGUGUACUGAAUGCAGUGAUUCAAGUGUACAGAUUAUGAGAAAUCAAGUCUUCGCAUACACACACACACACACACACAGAGACUCACCGGCCAGAGAAAAGGCUUUUGCCUAUGAAACAGUAUCUGCCACUUUUGUUUACAAGGAAACUGUCAUUGUAAAUUGAAAAUAU